AUGGGUCAUCAAACAUGCAUUGUGCAACUCCCUAACUCUCAAUUGUUUUGCUUUAGCAGCUAUUCUUCUAAUUCUGGUUGUGCAUAUAUUUUUGAUCUUAAAAUUGGAGAUCUGCAAAGAACUUUACCUUAUACAACCCCACACACCCACUCAGGAGGAAUUUAUUAUAACAAUGCUGUCUAUGUUUUCGGUGGGAAAAUAAAUUACUCAACGCAAGAGUGCUGCACUGUGCAAAAUUCAAUUUAA